AUGUUGCUCUUCUGGAUCGACUCGCACCAUGGCAAGGUGCACACCAUGAAGAUUGCCACGCCCCAUGUGGAGGCGGCCGGAGUGCGUGUGCCUCGUGAUCUCAAAGAGUUGACUGCAUUUAAUAUCCCAGAACUGGACGAUCCCAAGUCUCUGGCCGUGGACUGGAUCACCCAGCGUGUGUACAUAAUCGGUUCGCGGCACAAUAAGAUCCUUGCCACCGAUAUUGAGGGCAAAAAGUAUAUCUCCCUGGUGUCAACCGGCACGAAUCCCACGGACAUUGUCCUGGAGCCCGAAUCGCGCAUUAUGAUCUGGUCGACGCUGGAGAAUGGCAUUCUGGUGGCCUCCCUGGACGGCAACAACAAGAAGAGUCUGGUGGAGCGGGAUGUGGGUUGGCCCAUCAGCCUGUCGAUGGACUAUCCCACGGGUCGCUUGUACUGGGCGGACUAUCGCAAGGGCACCAUCGAGACGUGCCGCCUCAAUGGCAAGGACCGCAAUGUUGUGCGACGCUUCGGCAUUCGCGAGAAGCCGCAGAAGAUCGAUGUGUUUGAGGACUAUCUGUACAUUAAGCUGUACGACCAGAGCAUCAUCAAGAUGAACAAGUUCGGCAACGACAAUGGCACCUACCUGCUGAAGGGCUAUCGCUCCUCGGACAUUGGCAUCCUGCAUCCCAUGAAACAGAACCGAAACAUAAGCAAUCCCUGCCUCAAGGAUCCCUGCAAGGCCUACAAGGCCCUCUGCAUUCUCUCCUCCGAAUCGGCCAGGGGCUACAGCUGCAAGUGCGCCGAGGGCUAUGUGAUGACCGACGAGGCACUGUGCAAGGCCCACGCCGAUGUGCCCGACUAUUGUCCGUUGCAGUGCAAUCUGGGCUCCUGCCAGAUCGUGAACCACGUGCCCAAAUGCUUCUGCCAGCCACAGUUCGAGGGCGAACUGUGCGAGCACUAUCGCUGCUCCGGCCACUGCCUCAACUAUGGCCUGUGUACGGUGGCACCACAGCUGCCGGGAUCGCUGGAUGCGCCGCCACUGAAGUGCACCUGCACGCCCGGCUGGUCGGGCGACCGUUGCGAGACCUCGUUGCCGGCCUGCCAGAGCCGCUGCCACAACGGCGGCUCCUGCCUCAUCUCCGAAACGGAGGGCAUGAAGUGCAGCUGCCCGGACAUGUUUGUGGGCGAGCAGUGCGAGCAUUGCCUGAAUCUCACGUGCGAGAACGGAGGCGUCUGCCGCGAGACGCUGACCGGAACGUCGCAAUGCGAGUGUCCCUACGGCUACACGGGCAAGCGGUGCGAGAUCAACGAAUGCGCCGACUUCUGCAAGAACGGAGGCUCCUGCGUGAUUGGGUCGAAGGGCCAGCGGCAGUGCAAGUGUCCCAGUGGCUUCUACGGCGAGCACUGUGAGUCCAGCUCGUGUCGGGACUACUGCCAAAACGGAGGAACCUGCUCGGAGCGUGGCCGUUACUUGAACUGCAUCUGCCCCUCACGCUACUAUGGCAGGCGCUGUGAGAUGGAUAUCUGCUUGACCUCCGAUCCACCGCGAUUCUGCGAGGCAUCGCAGGUGCCCGUCAGGAAUCCCUGCACGGGCAUCAUUUGCCAGAACGCCGGCACCUGUCACGUCAUCAAGGGCGUGGCCAUGUGCAACUGCACGGAUCAGAGGAACGGAGACUUCUGUACUAUGUUCGUGCUGGAGGACAAUCCUUGCAUACGGUACUGUGCCAACGGGGGCGUCUGCCACCUGGACGAGUACGUCCCACUGCAGCUGCAUUGGCGAGUGGCAGGGAAAUGCCUGCGAACUGCCGCCGCACUACGUCGGCGGAGAGUGCAACGUCUGCCGUCCAGGUAGCUCCAUCAAUGAGUGCCUCUGCGGGGCCCAGAAGGUGGUGCCAUGUCUGACGGACAGUGCGGAAGGUGCCUUGAAAGGCGACCAGGAA